AAAAGAAAAAUAUAAAAGAAAAAUAAGGAAGCUUCGUUUUCUCCUUACCCUCCAUUCCAUUUCACAUUCAUCUCUUUUCUCCUUUUGUUCCCUUUUUCCAAAUUAAAUUCACGCCAACGACAUCACUACCUUUUAUUUAAUUUUAAUUUAAUCAGGACCUUUAUUUUAUUAGCGUUUGAAUAAAAACUCACAUCACAUGCCAUCUUUAUAUUAUUUAAUUACUUUAAUAUUUUGGUGGACUCAAUUCUCAUCACCGUUCACAUCACAUUAUUGCUUUUUGUUCAUCACCGUUCUUCUAAUCCAACAACCUUUUCUGAUUUCAAACGCUUUCAUGGAGGAAGUUAACGUGGUAGAAACCAAGGAUGGAACCGUUUCAGUAGCUACUGCUUUUGCUGGUCAUCAGGAAGCUGUGCAAGAUAGAGACCACAAAUUUUUAAGAAAAGCAGUUGAAGAAGCAUAUAAAGGGGUGGAUUGUGGUGAUGGAGGCCCUUUUGGUGCUGUUAUUGUUCACAAUGAUGAAGUAGUUGCUAGUUGUCACAACAUGGUUCUGAAUUACACUGAUCCAACUGCUCAUGCUGAGGUCACAGCAAUAAGAGAGGCUUGUAAGAAGCUGAAGCAGAUAGAACUUUCAGAUUGUGAAAUAUAUGCUUCUUGUGAACCUUGCCCCAUGUGCUUUGGUGCAAUCCACCUUUCCCGAAUUAAGAGAUUGGUUUAUGGAGCGAAGGCUGAGGCAGCAAUUGCUAUUGGGUUCGAUGAUUUUAUUGCGGAUGCAUUGCGAGGUACCGGAUUCUAUCAGAAAGCACAGCUGGAGAUUAAAAGAGCUGAUGGGAAUGAGGCCCUUAUUGCAGAAGAGGUUUUUCAGAAAACAAAGGAAAAGUUCCAAAUGUAUUAGAUUUCAUUUUUCUCCACACACGAUGACAAUUAGCCAUUAAGGAUUGGCUUCAUUUGAAUUAUUGUAAUUGUUGAUAGGGGAUUGAUCUCAUUUGAUUAUACCAAGGUAUAUGCUACAAUUUAGAUUGCAUCAGGUUCACUAUCUGAUUGUCAACCUGUUCUAAUUCACAUUUUCACAUGGGAGGGUAUGAAUUGCAUUUCCUUCUGUAUCACGUGAUUGCCACUAAUGUUGAAUGAAACCUUCUAUUUUUCCUGAAGUUACAUUUGUCAAUGCAGAAAUAAACAACUAAAGAGGUUCUCUUCUA